ACUGCACUGUCAGUUGAGACUCUAACAAACAACACCACACAUAUUCUGCAUAUUUAGUCUCUCAUUGGUCCCUAGAUGUAGGUAGAAAUAGGAAAUAGGGAGUGAAUAAGGGAGCAGGGGAGGAGGCCGAGGCGUGAGUCACGGAGAAGAACACGGAGCAGGGACCCUCACCGAACACAGCCCGUAACAUUAGUGAGUUCACACAUACACAUGCCCGUCACGCUCUCAAAACUAUUACCCAAUGAAAGUUUACCACAGUCUUGAGCUUGUGUUGACAACCCAAAAGUGGUGGGUGGCAGUGAGGUGAGGAGCUGAGACUCAAGAUGGCGACUCCGAACGAAGCUGAUGUGACACUAGGGAGGCUGAAGAAGUUCCUGGUGACGGGCAACAACUCCUCUGAAUGUUAUGGAGUGCACAUUAUACGUGAUGUGGUCAACUGGUACCAAGGAUUCGAGCGCAGCCAACACAAAGGCCAGGGGAUGCAAUUACCCAAGACCACUGACCCUAUAGAGAUGCUGCUGGACUCCUCGGUGAUUCCCAAGCUGGUGGAGGAGGGCAAGGCUGACACUAUCAUCGAUACCCUCCGCUCUUACAACCAGCUCUCGUGUGUUGACAAGGAAGCUCUGGUACUGUGCCUGGCAGUGGCCUCCAAGCAGAGUGACCAGAAGAAGCUAGUGACAGAUGCCCACUCAGCCGUACGGGAACUGUGUACCAACACCCACCUCUUCUUCCUCUUCAUACACUUCUCCAAGAUGAUCUCAAAAAAGUCAGGACACUCAGGGUGGGGACGAGGGUUGCGGCGGGCAGUGAGUGAGUGGUAUCUGAGCUGGGAGCCGCAGCGCCUGGCCCUCGAGGUGACCCGCCACUCCAGCGCUCACGGGUGGACUCACAGGGAUGUCAUCCGACUGGCUCACCUCAAACUGAAGGACAUGCCGUUAGGGACUCAGGUGGUAUUACAUUAUGUCUUCCUUGGCCUUGAGAAGACUAAGGACAAGUAUACAGGACAAGACAACACCUCUGAACUGCUGGAACUGCUGCAGGCACUGGAUCGUCACCCACACUCCUCCACCCCACAGGCUGGGGAGCCAACCUGGGACAAUGACCAGGUGAUCAGCAAGGCCGACAAGGUGCAUGACCAGUUUGGCGGCCUCAGCCUUCACGAUGUGCCCUCCCAGAGCCUAAAGUCACAGGAGGUGUGGUCGCAUGUGCUGGAUAAGCUUGAGGCGAAGUGUGUUGUGGCCAGUGUGAACCGUCUGGCACGAGGCAACUUCCUCAAUCCCAGUAAUGAGCUUGGCCACACCCUGCAGGCCAAGCUGGUGGACCGCCUGUCUCAGGAGGAUGUGGCAGCCUCAGCCACCACCCCAGCGCAGGUCCUCAUGACCCUGCAUGCCUAUGAGCACCCCACCAGAUUCAUUGCAGUGGGUGCUGUGAAGGGUCAGGACAAACGAGCCAAGGGUGGUGCCACCAAAGUGCCCCGAGCCCCUGGCAAGGUGUCCUCCAGAAGAACCACCAAAACUAAUCCCAAGGUGGUGGAGGCUCUUCAUGCCCUGCUUGCUGCCAGUGCUAAGAACAUUGAAAAGACAACCCAUAGGCUGGGAAUCUUUGUUGAUGUACGGGCCACCAUGGGCACCAGCCACGUGUGGACAGGCAACCCUGUAGGGAAGGGAGAGGUGACAGGGCAUGAGGGUGCUGCUGCCACAGUGCUCUCACUGGCUUCAGGGGGCACCAAUCCAGCAGCGACCACCCUGGCCUUCUCUGGCACCACCUUCUCUGAACUGAAGCUUACUGAGGGAAUCACUCUCCCUCAGCUCAUUGAUAAGUUUAAAGAGACUGUGAUUGGGGAAGUGAACAUUGAGAGAGCACUGAAGUGGGCCCAUGAGCACCAGGCGGAGACUGUGGUGGUGUUGACUCAUCGACUGGAGCAGUCUGUCAUUACCGCUGCCACUGAGGGACUCCAGCGUCAUAAUGAAACCAACAAGACACAGACAAGACUGGUGUUGUGUGGCCUGUGCUCCAGACACCUGAGUGUCCCUCACACCAACAACCUGCUGGUGGUGUUGGGCUUCCAGCAGCGGACACCUACUGUCAUCAGGGCCUUCCAUGAGCGCUACUUCUAGAUGGCCCCACCUGCCCACUGCCCCUGCUGAUGCUGCUUCAGUAUCUGCAAGUGACAAUUGAUCUUGUUGACUAUUAUACUGUAUAUUACAACAUAAGGAAGAUCAGCAACUGGGAUGCUUGUCCCUACCCUCCUAGCAUAAUAGCUAGUAAAGCAGUCCUCGAGUGAGGCUGUUUUCUCUUGUUUCCAGGGAUACCAGGUUUAUCAGUAUAUGUGAGAAUAUUUCCUGCAAUAUAUUUUACUUGUUGUGCGAGUUAAAAAUAUACAGGUAUACAGUAGUACAUUUUAUAUACAAUACAAUACUGUUUGCUGUUUGUCUUCCUCAGUAAACAAAGGUGUCAUUGCAUCUGAGCCACAGCGCAAGUCUGUCCUCAGCGUGGCAGAUCAGAACAGUGGAGCAUCAUUCAGUGAGCCACUCCCAGCUACAAACUUGAGCUUUCAUGUUACUGUGCUAAUUGAAAAUGAUAUUUCAGAGGAAAUAUUUUUGGUGCCUUGACAAAAUUUCAUCCUCUAAGAAUUCCACUGCUUGAAGUUGUUUACAAGUGAUGGGGAGGAAAGACACAACCUUUUAUGUCCAGAAUUUUAUAUAAACAAAAAUCCUGUAGGGAAGAAGCUAUGAUUUUGCUUUGCUCUGAAAGCCGGAAGUGACGAGGGUAAGUGUUUUGAUGUAUCGCUAUUUCUUCUAAUUGUGCACUCUGAACAUUGCUGCAGCCACCUCUACAGGACACCCUUGCUGUGGUGACUCAUACCUGUAGUGACUGAGAGCAGUAUAUCACUAAUGCUAAGGAUGCCUGCACCUUGCCAGGGCCUGAAGUAAUGAAGGUAUCAAUGAGUAAAGAAUGCUUAGGUAGCACUUUGGUCAUGACUGCUUGGAAAUUGUUUGCAUUCUAAUGUACAAUGUACUCCAGACUGUUGGCAAAGUUAGGUUUUACUAGGUUGGCUUUACUUUGUGUUAUUUAUUUUUUGUCAUGCUAACCAGUUACUUUUGUUGACUAUGCAUGAGGUGGCAGCUACAUAUUAAUUUUGUGUAAAAAUUCACUUUGAGGUGUUGGCUGCAUUUACAGUGGGUGUAUUUUCUUUGCUAGGCAUCACUUAAGAUAGAGGGAAGUAUGAAUUAGAUGGAAUAUAAUGUUGAUCCUUGGAGUAUGUCAUAUGCACUGUGUCAGGUCUCCCUGGAAAUGGUUUGCUCACUGUCUUCUCUGGUCUAUACCCACUUAGGUUUUAACUUGCGUGAGGUUUUAGUGAAGCUUGUAUACUAGGCUGUAUGUUAAUUUUAAUUCAAGUUUUUUUGCUUUUACAUUUACAUUUUAGGAUCUGAGAUGCACUCUAAUUUAGAAACUGAAGAUUUUUCAUAUUAUUUGGCAAUGACUUAUGCUUAUCUCAACCUGGACCUUAAGAUUACUUAGUAAAAUUCAGAUAAAGAACUUGAUUUCUUGCAGAAUGUCACAUUUUACAACUCAUGAACUAAACUAAACUAAGGUCAUUCAUAAAAUAAUAUUCUUGAGUGCCUUUUUGAAUGUCCUGAGCUGCAAGUCAUCAUGUAUUGAAAUACUUGAUUGAUUUUCAGUUGGCAUGAGCAUGAAGGGAGGAAUACGAACAAUUAAAAUGAGGGUACUCUGGAGAGCAAAUUGGUACAUGUUAACCCAUUGCCUUUCAUAACAUGAAAAAUAAUUUUCCAAAUGCCUUCCCCUACUGUUAAGUACAAGUGUGAUAAAUCAGUAUGAAGUUUGAAUCCAUGAUAUCAAGUCUGGUGCUCUACAUCAGCUGGCCAAGUGUACUUUUCCACACAAAUUCCUCAAGGUGCUCUCACUUCAACUCCUCCAUGCUCAUGCUAACUACUUUCUACAUGCAAAAUUUAUUAAUCAGCUUCUUACAAGCAGAUGCCAGACAGCCUCUCUGAUAAAACUUAAUAAAAUGCCAUACUGUACCUCAAGUCCUCUUAUUUUGUGAUGUUCAUGUGUUCAUAUCUGCUGUCUGAAUACUCCCUUUUGUGGCUGAACCUUGAGUAGAACAAAUGUAAAUCAUCACUCAACCUUCUCUUCACCAGUCUGUUGGAGGAUAAAGGUUUAAGCAGUUGGUUACAGAUUAUAAUUUCAUAUAUAAAUCCUAAUAAGAUGACUUCUGUCACUUAUACUUAAUUUUAACAGUAAAGAGUGUUAGUAUAAUGUUGCAUUGUGUUUAACUUAUUUUACUUAGGAAAUAAAAAUCAGGUCCUAGAUCUUAUUUUGUCAGUAGAAGAGUCACUGAUGGAGAAGUUGUGGUUCUCUUAUUACCAUGUUUUGAUGUAGAGUAGCUGUUGAAGUCUGAUCACUGCAUGUGGAAAGAAUAUUGACUUUGUACACCUGACUGUGGCAUGGAGAUGUACAACCAUUAUUUUUGCAUAUAUAGUACAGGGCAUGGAUACUGGGAGAAAUGGUGUCUGUGGUUUCAAGGGGAAGCAUAAUGUUUCUGCAUGUUUAGUUAUGGUUAUAGAAACUGAAGAAUACAUGGUGUCUACAGAACUAAGGGUCUUUCCGGUAAAGUGCCACAUAACUGUUAUUGCAACCACAAUGAAUUAACUGUGGUAACGAUCUAUAGAAGCAAGGGUGUUUUAGAAUAUGUACAGGUCUGAUGUAUGACCAUAUAAUGAUAUAUUUUGGGUUGGAUUGGGUGUCCUUGAUGUAUUAUGGAUAAAAAGUAUGUAGGAUGUUGUACAAGGUGAUUAUGGGAGUCAUGAGAGGGAGACAUUAAUGUAAUACAAGCUUAACAGUGUCAAAAUCUUUUAAGAUCUAACUCCCCUCGUGACUUCUGGCAUCUAGCCCAAAAUAUCUCCAAUAACUUUGCUUCUUCUUCUUUCCCUCACUUAUUUCAACCAGAUGACACCACUGCUAUCACAUCUAUUUCUAAAGCUGAACUCUUCGCUCAGAACUUUGCUAAAACUCUAUCUUGGACGAUUCUGGGCUUGUUCCUCCCUCUCCUCCACCCUCUGACUACUUCAUGCUACCUAUUGGACGAUUCUGGACUUGUUCCUCCCUCUCCUCCACCCUCUGACUACUUCAUGCUACCUAUUAAAAUUCUUCGCAAUGAUGUUUUCCAUGCCCUCGCUGGCCUAAACCCUCGGAAGGCUUACGGACCUGAAGGGGUACCUCCUAUUGUUCUCCGAAACUGUGCCUCUGUGCUUGCACCUUCUCUAGUCAAACUCUUGCAACUCUGUCUGUCAACAUUUACCUUUCCUUCUUGCUGGAAGUUUGCCUACAUUCAACCUGUUCCUAAAAAGGGUGACCAUUUUAAUCUCUGAAACUACCAUCCUAUUGCUUUAAUUUCUUGCCUAUCUAAAGUUUUUGAAUCUAUCCUCAACAGGAAAAUUCUUAAACAUCUAUCACUUCACAAUCUUCUAUCUGAUCACCAGUAUGGGUUCUGUCAAGGCCACUCUACUGGUGAUCUGGCUUUCCUUACCGAGUCUUGGUCAUCUUUUAGAGAUUUUGGUGAAACUUUUGCUGUUGCCUUGGACAUAUCAAAAGCUUUUGAUAGAGUCUGGCACAAAGCUUUGAUUUCCAAACUACUCUCCUACUGCUUCUAUCCUUCUCUCUGUAACUUCAUCUCGAGAUUCCUUUCUGACCAUUCUAUUGCUACUGUGGUAGACAGUCACUGUUCUCCUAAAUCUAUUAACAGUGGUGUUCCUCAGGGUUCUGUCCUGUCACCCACUCUCUUCUUCUUAUUCAUUAAUGAUCUUCUAAACCAAACUUCUUGUCCUAUCCACUCCUAUGCUGAUGAUACCACCCUGCACUUUUCCACGUCUUUUCAUAGAUGUCCAACCCUUCAGGAAGUAAACAUUUCACACAGGGAAGCCACAGAAUGAUCUUUCUAAAAUUUCUGAUUGAGGUAGAGCAAACUUGGUAUUGUUCAAUGCCUCAAAAAAUCAAUUCCUUUAUCUAUCAACUCGACACAACCUUCCAGACAACUAUCCCCUCUUCUUCAAUGACACUCAACUGUCCCCCUCUUCUACACUGAACAUCCUCGGUCUGUCCUUUACUUAUAAUCUAAACUGGAAACUUCACAUCUCAUCUCUAGCUAAAACAGCUUCUAUGAAGUUAGGCGUUCUGAGAUGUCUCCGCCAGUUUUUCUCACCCCCCAGCUGCUAACUCUGUACAAGGGCCUUAUCCGUCCAUGUAUGGAGUAUGCUUCACAUGGCCGGGGGUGGGGGGUCGGGGUUCCACUCAUACUACUCUUCUAGACAGGAUGGAAUCAAAAGCUUUUCAUCUCAUCAACUCCUCUCCUCUGACUGACUUUCUUCAGCCUCGCUCAUCGCUGCAAUGUUGCAUCUCUAGCUGUCUUCUACCACUAUUUUCAUGCUAACUGCUCUUCUGAUCUUGCUAACUGCAUACCUCCCCUCCUCCCGUGGCCUCGCUGCACAAGACUUUCUUCUUUCUCUCACCCCUAUUCUGUCCACCUCUAAUGCGAGUUAACCAUUAUUCUGGUAAACUCUGGAGCUCCCUGCCUACUUCUGUUUUUCCACCUUUCUAUGACUUGAAUUCCUUCAAGAGGGAGGUUUCAAGACACCUAUCCUUCAAUUUUUGACUACCGCUUUGGACCCUUUUCUGGGACUGGCAUUUCAGUGGGGAUUUUAUUUAUUUAUUUUUUUGUUGCCCUUGGCCAGUGUCCCUCCUACAUAAAAAAAAAAAACAAUAAUAAUAAUGUCCAGAGUAAAAUUACCGGUGCUUAUUUUCAAGAUUAAAAACCAAAACAGAUUUCAUAAGUUAUAUGCAUGACAAAAAGCUAUUUCCAAGGAUAAAAAUCACAUCUGUAAAAAUUAUUCAUAUGGCACUAUAAUUGAGAAGAAAAUAAGUUGUACCAAAGCUGAAAGUUAUAGAUUUUCUUAAACAAAUCAAACAGUUUCUUUAAGAAUGAAGAGAUGGAUGUAAAACUCAACUGUGUCAUCAGUGUUCACAAAGGACUCUGUUUAGAUGAAAGUGAAGAUAUCUGAUAAAUCAAGACUGAUCAAUGAUCUCAUGAAGCAUUUGAUAUUUUGAAUGACAGUCAUCUUAUGUGAGGGGAGUGCAGUGACAUGGCUAUGGAGAUAUGUGUUCAUCUUCUGUUUUAUGAGAUUCAUUAAAGUAAUAUUGCCAUAUUGAUCAAAACACUUACUGCCAACUUUAGAUACCUAGACAAUGACAUGAUCAUUGAAAAUAGAUACUAUUGGAAAUUAGAAUAAUGUUUAGAUGCACACAUUGCAGUUACCUCAGUCAAGGUGUACUCACAGGAGAUGUUUUGUAAUGCCUCAUUUAAUUAACAUGAGGGCAGAAAACAGGAUCUGUUGCACUUCUAGUGAAUAUUCAAUGUUUGUUACUGUUAUGUAUUUAUAUCUAUUUAUUAAUAUUACUUUGCUGCAGACCACAUGGAGAAAUAAUGUGAAAGUCCUUUGUGCAUUUUGUGUUAUUGUUUUAUACAACUAUGACUUGCUGUUGUAUUAUAUUGCUAUUUUAUUUCAUGUUCAAAAUCAGCAUGGUUUUUUUUAGUGACCACAUCUUGAACUAUAAUGUUGCAUGUUCCUUCAUGCACAGAACAGAGAUUCACCCAGUGAGACUCAAGAACACAACAAAUAUUAAACCUUAUCUUUUGGUUAUAUAAAAAUGUUAUAUAAAAAUGUUACAUGUAAUUUUACCUUUUUUGUUCACUAUUACAGUUCAAGAAAAUCACUGUGUGCAUGAGUGCAUGCUUGUACACACAUGCACACUUGUUCACAUGUGCAUGUGUGCACACUCUGGAGCAUAUAUAGAUGUGUGUGCACUAUGACUUGUGGUGUGUACUACAGUGCAACAAAACUGUUACUUCUGUAGCUGCUCUGUUGGUUGAGAGAUGGGAUACAGGAGGCUCAGGUUGACAAACUACAAGACAUACCAUACUUGGUAAAAAUUACUAUAUUUACAUUACUUAGUUUGCAAUAAUAGAGGCAAUCACAUUUGGUAGUGAUGUAAGAAGUGUACAUAAAUUAAACAAAAGUAGAUAUGGUAGAAUAGGACAAUGCAGGUCAGGAAAGGGCAACACCUUUCUCUGUAUUAUCAGCUAAAAAUAGAAGAUACAGCUCUUUUUACUGGAAAAUCAAGUUAAUGUUUUGUCAGUCAGACUGUGAAGUGAAAGUUAAGGUGGCCUGCAUCUUGCACUUAAAGACAAACCAAGAACAUGCCUGGCCAUUUUGGAGUGUUUGUCAAGGAAACAAAGAAAUGAUACUGAUACUUUCUAUUUGAAAUUCUAAGCAUUUUUAUUAAACCACAAAGCCCUUCAUGGGGAUAAAGAUAAUGGGAAUUGUUGUUGGUGGAUGUAUUCUCAUUUAAGUAGAGUUUCUUGGUAGUGUUGGUCUGUGAGAAAGCUUUAGGUGUUGAGGAUUGUAUGUAGCCAGUGUUAGUGUAUUCUUUUCAUAAAUUACACAUUAUUUCAUAUUACAGUUAGUCUAUUGGAGUAAUAAUGUUAAAUCACCUGUUAUGUAAUAAACUUUAAAAAAUUGUGAUACUUUUUUCAAGUUUGGAAAUAAAGUGUUUCAUUAAUGUGUCAUAUUCCACACUUCUCAGGGUCAGUCUUCAUUUUGCUAUCAUUGUCACUUAUGAAGGAGGAAGAAUUAUGUAUCUCAACCCAGACACUAAUGGUGGCAUAUCUAAGGAAGCUGGAGCAGGAGGGAACAUCUAGCUCUCAGUCAGUUAGCCUGCAGCUUCCAGGCAGUCUGAAAAAUAGUACAAUUGAGUCAAUGGUACAAGUAAUGAACGGGGCUAAAGAGUUCACAGCAAGCGUCCACCACGGUUGUCAGAUUUAGCGUUAAACUAAAGACUAUGUUCUCUAGUGUUUUGGUGCCUCAUCUUGACUAUUUUUAACAGGCUGUAAAGGAAGCAAUGGUUUUCAAGGGCAUUUUGAUGAUUCUAUUGAUAGUUUAACAAGGACUUAGCACCAUCAGUGGGAAAAACUUAAUGAAAACCUGACUAAUCAUGUGGCUUUUGAAAAUGGUCCUGUUGAGAGCCUGAAACAAUGGAGAAUAUGGGCCUAAGAUCAACUUGUGUAGUGAUGAUUAAGAAAUAAUAUGUUACUGUAGAUCCAUAUUUGAUAUAGAGGGAAUGUACUUAAAUCUAUGAGUAGAGUGAAAUUUUACCUUAUAGACUUAAAGCUAUUAGUGUAACCCAGAUACAUUAUAGUCCAGCAUUGUUUACUAAAAAAAAUAUCUUACACUAGCUGAAGCAAUAUUAUACUUUCCUAGAAUGGCUUCAUAUAACUGUAUGCAACUCUGAAUGUCUAUAAUAAGAACCAGGAACCAAGGAAAGUGAAGGUGGUGGUGUGUGCAGAGCCCUGUGAGGUGCGGUGAGGAAAUGGGUAGUGUGGUGAGGUGGACUGCUGCUGCUCACCUGUCAUUACUAACAAACUGGUUGUUCAUAAUUAACCCAAGACAGUUGUUGAACAUUUUCAGUAAAAUGUGUUUUAAUUAAUAUGUUUUGAAAAUGCUUUUAUUGAGUAAAUUUUUCAUUAAUGUAAUAUUUAUCAAUUAAACCUCCACAUUAAUUUUCCUUUUAUUAAAUGGCUGCCUUUAAUAUGGUAAAUUACAGUACAGCAGACAAUCUUUCUCCUAAAAAAUGUUAGCAUUUCAAGGAAGGAAUUUCAAGACUAAGCAAAAGAAUGAUUAAUGCAAAGAUUUUGAAGGAGGAAUUUAGUGUGUGUGUGAAGUCUACUGUAGUAAUAUUUAACUUUGUGUUAGGUUUGGCAGUUUGUCAAGGUAGGCAGUGUUGUGCACCACAGCAGACUGAUCCUGGAGUGGUGUUCACUUGCCUGUGCUCACCACUCCAGGAGCAGUGCAGGUGUGGUACAAUGAAGACCACAUCUUUGUGCUGCUGCAGUGAACUCAUUGUUAUGCAUAUUUGUUGCAUUUUAUAGAUAUUAAUUUGACAUGUGAAACUGUGGAAAGACUGAGACCUCAGAAGAAAUGUGCAUUUCACUUCAAAAUUUCUGCAUCAUAUAAGAAUUUUCAGUGCAUAACAUCAUUCAUACUCACUAUUUCGUUAUGUCAUCCACUCUUAGAAGACCGUGACUGUCACAAAGUGUUUGUACUUUUAUGAGAGCUAGAGAGUUUUCCAGGCCAUGAUUCCAGUUAACAUUUACCAUCCAUAAGCAAGGCCAGGUAAUACCUUUAAGAAAUAUACCCUUAUUACUUAGGGACUUCAGUAAUACUUCCAUAUAUGUAUGGUGUUAGGAGCAAAAUAUCUCUUACUAACUUAGUCCUCUUAAAACACUACCAUUUAAGACAUUUUAAAUCUUGCACCACAUGCAGCCAUCCAGCAAUGUGGGGAGAAACAUCUUUUUUGCCUUGUUUCUUCUGUACACUGAUCAGGUUGUAUCACUGUCACACAAACCCUCUUCUUUUUGUAGUUAGGACUUAGAGGCUUGAACUUCCCAUCAUAUAAUGUAAGCUGAGAGGUUGUGGUGCAUGCAUCUCAUACAAAAUGCUCCUGCUGACUCUUAUGCUGUUGCUGUUGUUGUUGUUGCUGCUGCUGCUGUACAAGUCCCGAGGCAAGAUAAACUAUUCACUCUUUCUGACCAGCAGCUGCAUUUUGCUAUUUAGUUAUGGGGUGGCAAAACAGACAAGGGUGACACCACUUGUGCUGUACGUGAUCACUAAGGCACAAGACCGAAAUAUUUGUCAGCCUUGACUGUCCUGCUGCCGCAAAUGCUUCACAAAUAGACGUAGUGUAUGAGACCACUGGGACAUGGGUGGAUGUGCCCUUAAAGGGGAGGUUUAUUUGCUAGGGUUGGACACACCAUAUAUGUGAUGAAGGCAUUUUGAUGGAAUAUGCACAGCUUUUUGGACACGCCAAUACUUGUGUUGAGAUUUUCAAUGGAGUAUGCAGUCUUUAUCUUUAACCACAUAUUUUUGUAUCCAAUCCUUUUGUUAGCACAUAAAGACUUGGGUGAAUAAACUUAUAAACUAAA